CCCUUCCCUCUGUACCCUCCGUCUCUUCUUCACGCUCUCCUCUGCUUUCCUCUCCCGUCCUUCCCGUACGUCCCAGAUCUGUUAUCCUUCCGAUUUCGGCUGUCCCGUGCUUGUUCUUGGCCCCUUCGUUGCUGCCCUGUCCUUCAUCACCCUUGUCGCUUCCCACCUAACCCACCUUAGUUGCUGUCAGGACCCUGGCUGCUCACGCCGCUGCCUUUUGCUGUCUUGCUCUAUUCUGAGCUCCGCUCGUUGCGGGUUGCCUCCAUUCUCUGUGAGCGUCUCUGCUUGGCUGGUUGGUUGCGUCCCCCUCUUCUUGUAUUGCUGUCUCCAGUCCAAAAUAAUCGCAGCUCAGGUGUUUGAUAAAUUUCUUGAGAGGACACAGUGUGGCCGCGUCUCCCAUUGCUGCUCGCUCCUCUCCAAGCUCCUCCUUAGCCCCUCGCACACGACCCCAUUUGGCGUCACCCAACAGCUCUUGCUCGCCAGCCGAAUCUUUGCUUUUGCUGUUUGGGAUAUCAGAGGUCGCUGGGUUGCAGGUCGUGGUCGGGUUUUCUGAUCGGGGUUGCCGACACUCAUGGUCCAAGUCCUUUAGCGCAUCGAUUCAACCCCACUGUCCAGAGACAACGUCCCGUUUUGCCAGGCAAGGACUUGAUAAUGGUGGUUCAAACGCGACAAGGAAGAGGAGGUACCGGGAGAGCCUCAUCAUCGAACAACGCAGAGCGCGAAGCUAUCUCCUCUAAAAUCAAGAGUAGCCUCUUCUGCUCAAAGAAGGAGGUCGUCAAACCAGAGGGUCUAACAGACAACGAGACCGGCUUGCCAGGUACACUAUUUGUCGUUCUACCUAAUUGUAAUGAUGAUGGUAUAGUUGAGGAUACCUGUGCUGUUAUUGAUGCUGAAAUGAGAGAUGGGAAUCUGGCUGAUGAUGAUGGGGUUAGCAACUGUAUGGCUAAAGCUGGAAUAACGAGAGAACCUAAACCUGUCGAUGGCCCCUUUCUGAAAGACACUACUGCUGCUACUCCAGAACUGGGAGAAGACAAUGGACUGCCAUGGUCCUGAUCAAGGUUUAAUGCCUGCUAGUUUUAAGGUUCACACGGUCCCUUUGGAUGGGGAUGAUUCUGCCACAGAAGAGGUAUCAGAUUCUGACUCUGGGGAGGCAGCUAUAGGUCGUGUUGCACCAGUCGAUUCUGGUAAUUAUGGCUUCAAGAAGAGGUUGAUGAUAGUAUAUUCUACAUUAGAACUCUCAUGUCGAUAAAGAGCAUCCAUCUCGGUCUGUGUAUUUCAGGUUUAUGGUGGACUGUUCUUUUACGUGCAUAUGUCAAGAUAUCUGGGGAUCUCUCCGUUCAAGAGAGGAUCGAUGUUCAAACAGGAACAAAGAUGAUGCUAAAGCUGUGCCUGGCCGACGGGUUUGAUGUGUUCCCUACAUUAUUGGUGACUGAUGGUUCUUGUAUGAUUGAUCGGCGAAUGGGAAUCCAUGGCCACUCUCUCGAAAU